AUGAUAGCGUCAGAAUGGGUAUUAGUACACGUGCGACUUCCAAAUGCCUUUGGCAUAAACGAACUGCAAAUAAUCAUGAAAUUCACUGCAAUUUUAUCUAUUAUUACAAUAGUUAAAUUAUUAACAGUUGACUUAUUCUAUAAAAUAUUACAAUACGUUUUGAGUAAAUUACACCUGUAUAAUACGAUCCAGGGGAUCCCGGGUCCAAAAGCAUACCCUAUAAUCGGAAAUGUUCAUCUAUUUCUUGGCGAUAACGAAGGUAUAACACAACGUUUUUUAAAUAUUGGUUGGAAUUAUGACUCAUUGUGGCGUAUAUGGAUAGGCACUAAAUUACUUGUAAUUGUAAACAAUCCAGAAUAUAUCAAGAAGGUAUUAAAUAAUCCUAAUAUUACUGAGAAGAGCGAGGAGUAUAAAUACAUGAAAUCGUUUGCCGGCAAUGGAUUGAUUUGUUCUCCAGCAAAAAUCUGGAAUCCUCAUCGAAAAAUAUUAAAUGAAGUCUUUCAUAAAAAAUAUCUAAACUUUUAUGUGGAUGUACUCGUUAAUCAUUCUGUCGUUUUAAUGGAAAAAUUAGAAACUUUAGUUGGAGAGGAAAUAGACGUUUGCCAUUACGUCUUUCGCUGUGCAUUAGACAUAAUAUAUGAUAGUCUGUUUGAUACCCAAGUAAAUUCGCUGACCGAUGAGAAUUGCAAACUAGACGAAACUAUUCAUUGUUUGAUGGAUAUUACUGUGCAAAGGAUAUUUAAAAUAUGGUUACAACCGAAUAUAAUUUUUCGUAAUACUGCUAUGGGGAAGAAAUUUCAGACAUGUGCAUCCUACCUGAAUGACAUUGCAAGCAAUAUCAUCAAAGAAAAAAAGGAAUCCAUGUUAAGAAGCAUCAUUAAACGGGAACUGAAAGAGGAAAAUUCAGGUAAAAAACAAAACCCCAGGAUCCUUCUAGACUAUUUAUUCGAGUCAUCGCAUGAAGGAAGAAAAUAUUCAGAGCAAGAUAUUAGAGACGAAAUCAAUACGAUGGUUAUUGCGGGAAGUGAUACUUCAGCUGUUACUAUCAGCUUUGUCCUUCUAAUGCUUGCUACAUUUCCGCAUAUUCAAAAUGAAGUAUACGACGAACUAUACCAAAUUUACGGCUCGAGCGAUCCGAAAUAUGUUCCUAUAACGUACGACGAUAUUGCAAGAAUGAAACUUUUGGAACGAGUGAUCAAAGAAACAUUACGUCUAUUUCCGCCAGGACCAAUCGUUGCUCGGAAAGUUACGCAAGAUAUAGAGGUGACAAAAAAUUUGACUAUUCCGAAAGGAAGUACUGUGGGGUUCUUAAUCUAUAAAACACAUCGAAAUGAAAAAUAUUGGCCCCAGCCAUUAGUAUUCGAUCCGGAUAGGUUUCUACCGGGUAGGAAUAGUUCGGCAUGUUUUUUUCCAUUUAGCUACGGAAAAAGAAAUUGCAUAGGUCAAAUAUUCGCCAUGCUAGAAAUGAAGGUAAUAAUUACUACCUUGAUAAGAAAAUUUAUUAUUAAAAUAGAUCAGCCAAAAGCAAUUGAAGAAAUUUCGAUAAAAAUGGAUGUUACGAUAAAGCCAGCGAAACCUAUAAGAUUAAAAUUUGAAAGAAGAAAUUAAUUAAAAUGGGUAAUAUUUAUAAAUGUAAUGCGUGUAUAAUUAAUACACAUACAUGACGAAUUCCGUGCGCGAUAGUAGAUAUUA